AACAUAGCAAAGCAAAUAAUGUCGUCUUCAAACUUGUUAUUUUUCUCUCUAACUCUAUUAAUCAUCACACUCUCCCCCAUAACAAAUUUCGCUUCUGCUUCUUUGGAAGAAGCCAAUGCUCUUCUUAAAUGGAAGGCAAGCCUUGAAAUCCCAAAAAACUCCUUGCUCUCUUCAUGGAUUCCCCUCCCUUUGAAUUCCAGUGCAUUUGCUCCAUGCAGUUCUUGGUUUGGAGUAGUUUGCAAUGCUGAUGGGAGCAUUCAGAAGUUGAACCUCACAUCAUCUGGAUUAAAUGGUACGCUUCAUCGAUUUUCAUUCUUUUUGCUACACAAUCUUACGCAUUUUGAUCUCAGUGUAAACCACUUCUUUGGCCCCAUCCCACCAGCAAUAAGACACUUGUCCAAACUUAUCCAUCUUGAUUUUUCUGAGAAUAUGUUUUCUGGAGUAAUCCCACCAGAAAUAGGAACCCUGUACUCGGUAACCAUCUUGUACCUAUCCUCAAACAAUAUCUCUGGUCCCAUUCCUACUGAACUUGGGAAUUUGAAGUCUCUCACUCAACUUCACAUGGGCGAAAAUCAACUUAGUGGUUCUAUUCCUUCAUCAUUGGGUAAUUUGACAUCUUUGAAUCUCCUUUAUUUGUACAGAAAUCAACUCUCUGGUUCUAUUCCUAUUGAACUUGGGAAUUUGAAGUCUCUCAGUCUACUUCACAUGAGCGAAAAUCAACUUAGUGGUUCUAUUCCUUCAUCAAUGGGUAAUUUGACAUCUUUGAAUCUCCUUUAUUUGUACAGAAAUCAAUUCUCUGGUUCUAUUCCUAUUGAACUUGGGAAUUUGAAGUCUCUUACUGAUCUUGCUGUGAAUGAGAAUCAACUUAAUGGCUCUAUUCCUUUGUCAUUGGGUGAUUUGACAUCUUUGAAUGUCCUUUAUUUGUACCACAAUUACCUCACUGGUCCCAUUCCUAUUGAACUUGGGAAUUUGAAGUCUCUCACUCGUCUUGAUGUGAGCUUCAAUAUACUCAGUGGUUCUAUUCCUUUAUCUCUAGCAAACCUGAGUAACCUACAGCUUCUGUACCUCGAUUGGAAUAAAUUAUCUGGCCCCAUUCCUAUUGAACUUGGGAAUUUGAAGUCUCACUUAUCUUCAGCUGGGUGUGAAUCAACUUAAUGGCUCUAUUCCUU